AUGUUUUCCCAGACAUUCCUUUUACUCCUCGUUUCGCUCAUUGGAAAGGUUCUCGCCUUCUCCGCCUCUUCUAACAAGAACAUGGCCGUCUACUGGGGCCAGAACUCUUACGGAAACCAGGAGAGAUUGAGCGCUUACUGUGACAACGACGACACUGACAUCAUCCUUGUCUCUUUCGUCACAGGUUUCCCUGAAUUGUCUUUGAACUUUGCCAACCAGUGUGGUGGAUCCUUCAGCAACGGUGUGCUCCACUGCCCUCAGAUUGGUGAGGACAUCAAGACCUGUCAGGACAAGGGUAAGAAAAUUCUUCUUUCCUUGGGUGGUGCCGCCGGCAGCUACGGCUUCCUGGAGCCGAACGCUGAUGAAGAUGCCGAAAAAUUCGCCGAGGUCUUGUGGAACAAGUUUGGUGCCGGUUCCGAUGAUGAGAGACCAUUUGACGAUGCCAUCGUUGAUGGUUUCGACUUCGACUUGGAGAACAACAAUCCUCUUGGAACCGUGUCUUUGUCCAACUCCUUGAGAAAGCAGUUCGACAACGACCCAUCCAGACAAUACUACUUGGCCGCUGCUCCUCAAUGUGUGUACCCAGAUGCUUCCCAGGGCGAAUUGUUGGCUGAGACCCAGAUUGACUUUGCCUUCAUCCAAUUCUACAACAACUACUGUGCUCUCGGUGACAGCUUCAACUGGGACACUUGGCAAAAGUUUGCGGAGGAGACCUCUCCAAACAAGGACAUCAAAUUGUACGUUGGAUUGCCCGGUGACACCACCUCUGCUGGCUCUGGUUACGCUGACCUCGACAAGGUCAAGAAGAACGUUGGCUCUGACAUCUUGAACAACAAGAACUUUGGUGGUUUCAUGUUGUGGGAUGCUUCUUCCGGUGCCAGCAACAAGAACAGCGACGGUGUUUCUUUCACUCAGCAGCUCAAGAACUACCUUUUGGACAAUGUUGAGAAGGACACCCCAGCUUCCACCACUUCCUCCACCUCUGCUGCCACUACUUCUGCUGCUACCACCUCCGCCAAGUCCACCCAGACUUCUGUUGCCUCUUCUACCAAGGCUUCUUCUUCCAAGGCUUCUUCUUCCAAGGAGGCCAAGCCAACUAACGGUAACAACGGUGCUGCUGCUGUUCCCGGUGUUCCAGCUGAGAGCUCCAAGACCACUGUUGCUGCCGAUGCUACCACCACUAACGCUCCUGAGGGUCCAAUGGUCACUGUUACCAAGCAGAGACCAGGUACCACUUUCACCACUCUUCGUGUUUCCUGCUCUAGUGACACUCAAGUCAACACCGUUGAUGGUCAUGUGGUCACCGAGGUUGUGACUGUCACCAGAGUUGUGUCCACCGCUUACUCCACCAAGACUGUGGAGGCCCAGCCAUCCGCUUAA